CCGCCUCGUCUCGAGAGAAGCUUUUUCCUUCUCGUUCUCUAUAAAUAAUUAUCCGCUCGAGCGAGCCGAUUUCAUCGGAAAUCGUUACGGAUCGACGGAAAUUUCGAGCACGAAAAAAAGAGCUUUCAAUCUCGCGAAUAUUCUCGCACCGAUCGAUAAUCCCAGACGCUGCAAAAGAAAGUCCCUCGUCCGUGCUCUAAUCACAAAAAUCCGUCCAUCAGCAGCUCACCGUAAUCGAUAUCGAUAUAGCACACGCGAGCGCGCGCGCCAACCCCCACCUCUCCUGAUUUUCCUGCCCCUCGCUCCCCACCGCUGGACGCGAGAAUGGGCCUGACGGUGGGGCCUUCUCGAAAGCGCGGGCAUCAUACGGUAUCAGUAGCUGCGUCGGACUCGUGCGAGCACCUCUUGUACACACGCGCUCUCGACCCGUCUCGAGUAUUCCCAUCUAUACCCUACACUCGCUUCUGUAUCAUUGCGAUCGUUCGGUCGAACUUGUGAGAGAGAGAGAAAGAGUUGCUCGGGGAAUCGGCGAGACUGGACCGGCGAAGAUGAAGAUCGCCACGACGCUGUUCCUCUUCGUGGUCGUCGGGUGCACGUGGCGAGAGGCACUGGGCACGUGCGUUUUGGAAUCGGACUUUGGUUUCACGUUAAACUGCGCCUUCAAAAAAUCGGGCCUCUUUCGGGUCCGUAAUCUCGGAGGCGUCAAGGGCUACGUUGGUCUCGGUUUUUCAAUCGGGGACGAGCUCGGCUUUCGAGAUUCUUUGACGAAUUUGGAGGUCAGCCGAAGACGCAGCGUACAGCAGAACAGCCGGAGCGGCCUUCCCGUCGUGCAUCCUAAUGUGCUGUCCAACCGGGAGGAUGCUCGUCAGGUCUUCCAACAGCAGCAGCAGCAAUCCCUGCAAGCGCAACGCAACCGCGUGGGAGUCCCGCCCUUCAAGCCAUUACCUCCAGGAGCCUCUAGACCCAUGGCUCAGCAGCCGGAGCGUCAGCGUCUGGUAGUCCAGCAGAAUUCGACGGCGAAUGCAGUGGCGAAUGCCCCUAGACCAGUCUACACAGCUCAGCAGCAGGACGACAUUCUGAAGCAACAGCAGCGGGCUCAACUCGAGUCCAAGAUCAUGCAGCAGCAGAAGCUCCAGCAGGAGAUGCUGGCAAUGCAGAUGCUCAAACAGCAGAGGCAGCAGCAACAGGAGGCUAUGAUGAAGCAACAGCAGCAGAUGGUGCAGUACCCGCAGCAAGCGCUGCAGCAGGCUACUCAGACCAGGAGAGUUCAGCAAGUCUCGUCGCCAGCCCGUCUGCCCAACAUCGUCGCGGCGAUUCCGCCAGCCGGAAGCAUCGUCAACGCGGACAAGCUCCUGAACAAGCCGGUGAUGGCCAUCGCAGCUCCCAACAGAGGUGUGCCGCCUUUCGUUGGUAUGCCGGCGUCGAUGGCCCAGCUCACCGAUAGGAUCAGCAACAGUCCCACCAUACUCGAGGAUUCCGUUAACGAGGUUUCCAAAGACGACUCCAACCAGUUACCACUUCCGAGCGAGGAGCAAGCCUCGUCGGUGAACCAAAUGACGCUGAUGAGUCUGCAACCGAUCACGGCAUCGGAGAACAUGCAGACGCAGACUCAGGAAAAACGCCAGUCUAUGCCCAACCUGCCGUCCCUGGCGCCGAUCCAAGGUAUGGAGACGUCGCUGAAAGCUCUCGCCGAAGCCAGCAACAUCACCCUCGAGGCUCUCGAGGCUGCCAUACACCUCAGGCAGCAACAGUUGCUGCAGAGGCAACAGGGACCCACUACUACCACGAGCACCACCACGAUGGCACCUGUGAAAAAACAAAACAGCAAUCCGGGGGUCACGAAGGUGAUGAACGCGCCGCGCGAGUACUAUCCCGUCGGCUACGACAAAAACUUCGACGACAACUUCGCCAGUCGAGUGGAUCUACCUGACACCACCUUCUACUGCGGUGACCAGAAGCACUUUCCCGGCCUCUACGCCGACGAGGAUCUCGGUUGCAUGGUCUUCCACGUCUGCGCUCUGACGGACGACGGUCUGAUAAUGAAGAGUUUCCUGUGCCCGGAAUCGACCCUCUUCGACCAGACGAUCCUCAAGUGCAACUGGUGGUUCUACGUCGACUGCAAGUCCUCCAAGAGCCUCUACGACAGCAACAUACCCAUCAGCAAGAGCUACCAGCUCAUGAAAGCUCUGGCCUUCUUCUCCGCCUACAAGAGCCACGACAACUCCACGCAGCAUGCUCGAUCAGACGACGAGUCGUCCUAGACACCCUAUGACCCCACAUCUUGUUGUUAUUUCUAUUUUUAUGACUUCUUUUUUUCCUUCUUAUUUUGUUGCAAAGAAAGAGAGACGACGGGUGAUUCUUGAUAGUUUCCUCGGUGAAUCGAGGACACACAUACGGUGGUUGCAUGUGUAGCUUGGUUACGACAUAAGUAGCGAAGACAAUUAAUGAAAUAUCGCGACGGGUGGAUUCUCAUUGCACGUCCUGAGAAUCCAGCCGUCCGGUGCUUAUCCUUAAUCGACGCGUAAAUGAGGCCUCGGCUCAGGCACUCGGGGUCGAAGUAUUAUUUAUUUUACCUACUACGUUUAAUCGAUCGACUUUCGCCCUACUUACGAACGGUAGGCGCGACUGAUAGAUGCGCGCGGAGCGCGGGAUUUUCGUUCGGGGAUCCCCCUGUAGAGGGGACUUUUAUUUAUAAUUGACGUAAUCAAAACGCUCUUUGUUUAUGUAUAAGUGUGCAUUGUACAUGAUUACGAAUAGUCGUCAGAUAGGUGACGAGCGACGUUACGUGAGGUUGAAACGUUACGCAUCACGCUUAGGGCCUUGCCUUUAACGUUAAGCAUUGUGUAUAUAAUUUAUUUACUUUUUAAUAAACUUUUUUUUGAUUUAUUAAA